AUGGAGGCAGGUUUGAACAUCUUGUUGUCCAACGUUUCAAAAUUAUAUUCAACGUUCGAAUUGGAAUACGUACGCAGUAAGACGACGACGACGACGACGUCUCUCCUCCACCUCCCGCUCCUCCUCCUCUUCUUCUUCCUCACCUCAUUCCUCCCUUACACCCACGCCCAAUCGCGCCCUCUCCUCCCACUCAACCGCGUCUCCUCGUUCACAUCUUCCCGCCUCUCCCCCGCCUCGCGUUCCUUUGCUAUUCCAAAGCAAGAUGCGGACGGGGAGUACGGCGUGAGUGUUGCUCUGUGCAGCAGUGAGUCGAGUGCAAAUGUGGAUAAGAACACGAAUCUGAGAUUCUUUGUGACAAACGCGAGCAAUUGGGACACACAGGACGAUCCGGGUCCAUCGAGUCCUGGCUUUCAGGAUACGUGGGAGAUUGAGCUCAAAGAUGGUGUGGGCAGCUGGAGGGGGAUGUUUCCGAACGGUGGGGUGCUGGCUGUUGAGGGUGAUGAGGACGGUGUGGAUUUCGAUGUGGGUGUGGCUGAGGGUGACCCCAUCCACCAAACUCUCGAUGCACUCCCCCUGCUCGGCGACACCACGUCGAACCAAGCUCUCAUUUUCUCCGCGCCCUUUCUCGCACUGCCAGACAACACUGACCUCAACCGUAGACCGACAUAUCCAAACUACACACUGCCCGCUGCAAACAUGUCCCAGCCACCGCUUCCUGCUGGGGUCUCACCACCGAACAUGACCCUGCUCAUCACCGUUACCAAUCCCAACAACGUAGAACUAAGGACAGGUUGCGCCCUCCUUACCCGAGAAGACAGCGUCGGGACGAUCGCGAGCGAGACUGUAUGGGCACGCGGCGAUGCUCUUGGGUGGAGGAUGCAGUGGGUCGUGGAGGGCCUGACGCCGUCGACGAAUUACACGGCGUAUGUCGUGGUGGACGAGACAAAGGUCAGCGGGCCAGUGUAUUUUGCUACCAAGUCUGCGGCGUUUACGUGCCCACUGGUGCACUCUCUGCCCUACUGCCCGUCUAUAUCGUAUGCCGUGCCUCUCCCUCCUCCAUCUAACGGCGACACAUACACCGACGCGGCAUCCACGCUCCCAUCAACCUUAACCACCCCCCUGCUAAGCUACUUUGCGAACUUUACGGCAGUGCUGACGACGCACGCGUGUGGGCGUGACUGGUACUCACCCGUGGUGGGGUGCGAUGAUUGUGAGCGUGCGUACAGGGCGUGGCUUUGUGCAGUGUCGUUUGUGAGGUGUGGGGAAGAGCCGGCAUCGGGGGCGUCUUUGGCGGAAGGAGCUUCGGGCCCUCAGAAAAGACAAUCCCAACAACAAAAACCACUCACCAUCCCCACCCCGCCUCGUCCGGCCCUCCAGUCCAUUCCACCCUCUUCGACCCCGCGCAACCCGUUCCUACCCGUGCUACAGACAGGGUAUACAGCACUGCUACCGUGUGUGGAGCAGUGCUAUGCUGCGGAUCGCGCGUGUCCGCCUUUUGUUGGGUUUCGGUGUCCAGGGGUUGUUGAAUUUGGAACAACCACAGUAGGCGCUAAGGCGAGCUAUGGAGUUGGAUAUCUCGAUGGUGAGGAUGGGGAAGAGGGAGCGGGAGCUACGCGUGUUGCGCAGGAUCGGUGGGGGAAUGUGUGGUGUAAUUAUGUAUAA